GUGGCUCGGAAGGAAGGAGCAGAAGAACGCAACCCAGGGUGAGACCAGAUCCCGGGUAUCCAUCCACUGCUGACUGACUCCGAGAAAUGGGCACGCUGCGGAUGAUCAUGAGUCUCUGAGACCAGUCGUCUUCCCAAGCUGGUGGGAUUCAAAUCCUGUGAAGGAAAAGUGCAUCCGCUCAAUCUCAGAAGCCGCUUGCUUGCACAUAACUCUUUCCGAGCAAUAAUGCUCUUUUGCUCCUGUUGCAUGUGGAUCUCAAGUCGCAUGGCUAAAUAAUAAGUCCAAGGAGAAAAGGGGAGACGUCUUUGUUCACAUUACACCACUGCCUUUUAUCUUGUCACUACUAUAAGACUGCUGCCAUGUGUUCAACACUUAUCGUGACCAUUAUGUGCCCCUGCACGCUUUCCCCAGAGUUCCACCACUUCCAGUGCCUCUAAACUCCAUCCUGAUUCAUUCAUAAUGGAUGCAAACUGCUCCUGUUUUCUCAAGAAAAUUAAAACGCUCUUUACAAAAACUCAUGACUCUGUAAUCUUUAUCAUCCCAAAAUCCUCUGCUUGGGACCAAUUCCAUUUUGCAGAAGCAAGGACUCCUGAUUGCCUUACUUUCAAUCAGACUGAUUUAAAAGUUUUGGAUUGUGUUCAUAAAUCCCAUGUGUGUUCACCAGAUUUAAUAUCACACUUUCUAAGUUCUCUCAGAAAUUCAGAUUUUAGUCCGAAGCAAGUUCUUGAGGUGGCAAUUCCUAUUUUCCAACGGCUACAAGUAUUAUCGUCGUCUGUAUGCAUAGCUGUCUCCUAUUGUAUUUAAAUAAUUUGAGUGAUUAAUUUGACGCCGUUUUAUAUUUCUCAUUGAAAAAGUUCUCAUUAUACAUGUGUCGUGACAAAAAUAAAAUACAAAUCAAUUAAAAUUAGGAUAAUGGAGGCUGGUGAAAGCACUGGUGCUGUGUCUUUGGUGCGAUGAUGCGACAGUGCAACACUACUUGCGAGAGCAAUUGUUUGACAUAGGUCGCUAAUAUGUGAAAGUGGUAAAAUGUUGGAUAUAUUUAGGGGGCUCAAGAACUUGGUGAAGGUGAGCCAUGUUCGAAUUGAUUCCUCGAUUUUUCGGCUUCAUUACAGCCUCACUGUGAUGAUCCUUCUUGCUUUCUCCCUCAUUGUCACCACACGACAGUAUGUUGGGAACCCAAUUGAUUGUAUCCAUACCAAGGAUAUUCCGGAAGAUGUUCUCAAUACUUACUGCUGGAUUAUGCAUACAUAUCUGGUUAAAAGUGCCUUCCUGAAGAGAGUGGGGAAGGAAGUCAUGCACUUUGGCAUAGACCAGUCACCUACAGACGAGUCAGAUAUGAAAGUAUACAAAUAUUAUCAGUGGGUCUGCUUCUGCUUGUUUUUUCAGGCGAUUCUGUUUUACGUGCCUCGGUGGUUAUGGAAGAACUGGGAAGGAGGAAAAAUACAAAGCUUAAUGAUGGAUCUGGAUAUUGGAAUAAUUCCAGAGAUGGAGAAGAAACAAAAGAAAAAACUUCUCGUCGAUUAUUUAUACGACAAUCUCAAACAACACAAUUGGUGGGCUUACAGAUAUUUUUUCUGUGAAAUUCUUGCCUUGGGAAAUGUUAUCGGUCAAGCGUUUCUCAUGGACAAAUUUUUUGACGGCGAAUUUCUAACGUUUGGUCUGGAAGUGAUGCGUCUUACAGAAGAGGAUGAAGAUCGGCGGAUAGAUCCCAUGAUUAGGAUAUUUCCUCGAAUGACCAAGUGCACUUUCAGAAAAGGGGGGCCAUCGUGGGGCUUGGAGACGCACGAUGCUCUUUGUAUCCUCCCGAUCAAUGCAAUCAAUGAGAAAACGUAUAUAUUUCUAUGGUUCUGGUUCGUCAUUCUGGGAGUGUUGUCUACGCUUAUGAUUUUCUACAGAGUGGCCGUCGUGAUUUCUCCAAGAAUACGAGGAUUCCUUCUCGGAUCGAGAUUUCGUCUCCUCAGCCAAGACGCGAUUCAGACGCUUGUUAAAAAAUCCAGACUUGGUGACUGGUUCCUUUUCUAUUUGCUCGGACAAAAUGUGGAUUCCAUAAUUUUUAGGGAUAUUAUGCACGAAUUAGCUAGACGAUUGGGGCACCCCAAAGAUUUUGGUGAACCGUGACAUGGAGUAAGUAAAGGAAAAUAUCAAACUCACCGUUUUCGGCAAAUUUCAGAUCUCGAAAACAUGCAAUAAAAGACCUGUACCUAUUAAUUAACUCUUAAGAAUUUUUUAUUAAACAACAUAUGGAUAAAAGUAAAUAUACAUGCUCUUAAUUGACAACUAGCCUUCACAUACAUGUUUAGGAGUCAAAUAAUAUUGGUCAACAACAUAUUUGUUUGCCAGUUUGUCUACUUUACUUCAAUUUUACGAUAAUUAACAAACUGGUUUACGUAUGACAACAUUUUAUAAAAUACUUAAAAUUCAACGUUAAUCUACCACAAAUUAAUAAUCUAGGAUAAUAAAAAAUGUAUAGUUAUUAAAUUGAAUAUAUUUCGUUUUUGUUUCGUCACAGCACCAGACUCAAAUAUCACUGGAUGUACAUAUUUCGUAGAUUGUAAAGAAUCUUUCAUAUUUUGAAUCAUUUAAAAAUAACGAAACAAUAUCCAUUCUGGAAAAUAAAUAGUAUUCGCAUUUACAAACAGAUCUUUUCAACUGUUUCAUCGCAUUGCAGUCGGUCGGAUUAUCAAACUACGUUGAUUUUUCUUCAGCUCACAUAAGAUUCAGAAUAAAAUCGUAACGGAAACAUGGGAGGAUGUUAAGACGACAUUGGUUAUCUUAUUUAUUUAAUUUUUUUAACUAGCAACAUAUUUUGGACUUGCAACCCUAUUAUUUCGAAAAAUUUAAAUUUUGCAAUACCCCAAACAGAAUUCUUGCAAUACAUCAAAAAUAUAUAACUUAAAAUAUCAAAUUGACUACUGA